GUGCUGAUGAUACCGGCGCCCCGGGCUGCAGGCUUGGGCUUCUGACCAAUUCGGGGUCCUUGGGCCUUUGGAGACCCCCGCGGGGCUUUCUGGUUUUCCACCCCUUCCUUUUCGUCCCUCUCCGAGGAAGAGUGAGCCCUUCGAGUAGUGUUUCUGAAAGUGUGGUCCUAGGGCGGAUCCCGAGCCCCUCUCAGACUGAACCAGAUUCUGCUGUGGCCUGGGAGUCUGCAUUUUCAGCCAGCGUCCUUAUGGUUUUGAUGCAGGUGGUCUCAGAACCUCACACCGGGACACAGCCCCUUUGAGCCCUGCCCUUCUCACAUAGAAGGAAGCCUAAAUGGGUGCAUCUGAGGAUGGGGUUUUGGGAAUGCCGCCACAGAUCUAGUCUUGAAUUGAUGAUGGUCCUCAGCCUUAAGAGAGAUCACUGGAGGUGGGGGAGGAGCUCUUAGCCCCUCGGAUUCAGGGUGCUGCUGCCUUCCUGUAGCUAUCAGGUCUUCAGAUGCACUGCUGCUUCGUGAGUGAAGGGUCCUGGAUCAGGAGCCAUAAGGGUGGAGCAGUCCUGAAGGAGGCCGCUUCGUGGGUGCAGCUGGAAGAAUUUGGGAUGGAUCCUGCUACCCUGGAUUGCAACUGGUUCCAUCACUUAUGACUAGGUCCCAAUGUGGACCCUGCACACAUCACUCUUAUUUUUUUAUCCAAGUAUUUUCAUCUGUCAAUAGGAGGAGGUCCUGGACUGCCAUUAUUUUGAAGUUUGAAAGUGUGAGGCAAACCUUUAGGUGUCCAAGGGAGCAAUGGCAGGCCACAAGACAGAAGAGGUGCUCGAUAUUCUUCGGCUGAAUGUGGGUGGCUGUAUUUACACAGCCCGGCGAGAGUCUUUGUGCCGUUUUAAGGAUUCUAUGCUGGCAUCUAUGUUCAGUGGUCGUUUUCCUCUAAAAACAGAUGAAUCAGGGGCUUGUGUUAUUGAUCGUGAUGGACAUCUAUUUAAAUACCUUUUGGAUUAUCUUCAUGGAGAAGUUCAGAUUCCCACAGAUGAGCACACUCGUGUUGCCCUACAGGAAGAGGCUGAUUACUUUGGCAUACCUUACCCAUACAGCCUGUCUGACCACUUGGCCAAUGAAAUGGAGACAUAUUCUUUAAGGUCAAAUAUAGAACUUAAAAAGGCUUUAACAGACUUCUGUGAUUCAUAUGGCUUAGUUUGCAAUAAGCCAACAGUUUGGGUUCUCCACUAUCUUAACACAUCUGGUGCAAGCUGUGAGAGCAGAAUUAUUGGUGUAUAUGCCACAAAAACUGAUGGAACUGAUGCUAUUGAUAAGCAGCUUGGAGGAAGAAUUCAUAGCAAAAGCAUUUUUAAAAGAGAGGCGGGAAAUAAUGUUCAGUACAUUUGGAGUUAUUAUUCAGUAGCUGAGUUGAAGAAAAUGAUGGAUGCCUUCGAUGCUUGGGAAGGAAAAGGUGUUAGCUACUGGCGGGUGCCUCAUGAACUCAUAGAAUGUUGGACACUGGAGGAGCGGCCUUUACUUGGAAGUCUGCGGCAUAUGACUCCAAUUCGAAAGAGGCGACUGAUAACACUCAAUGAAGAGGAAGAAGAAGGUGUGAAUUGUAAGGCUGGUCCUAAGCCAGUCAGAUUUUUGGGCCCUUCCACAAGCACCCAAAUUAAAGUGAAAAACUCCACUUCAGUCAGGGUGUCUCCAGCUAGCGCUAUCCAGAUCUCCUCUCAGAUGCCAGCAAACCAGUCUCAGAGUGGCAGCUUUGGAAAGGCAUCUCAGCGCUCUGUGAACCCUGUGAGCACUGGGACAUCUGGUCACUCUCAAGCUUCACAUGGGGCCAGAAGUGCUGAAAAUGGAGCCCCACACCCGCCUCCAGCAAAGGUGUUGCUCUCUGACAAGAAGUCUACACCCCACCGAGUGAUAAAGCUGAAGAGGACUCCAUUGUGUGCUGCAGUGCCUUCUCUGCCCAUCCCCACAGCAGCAGCGAGGCAGGCCAGCCCCUCUAAACCUUUGGAUGUGGGAACUGAAAAUGAGAAAGACCAAUCUGAUGGAUAAAAAUGGUAGAUUUGGUACUCCUGUUUGUCUCAGAGCUUUCAACACCUCUGAUACCAAUAAGUGACACUGUUUCUUGAUGCAGUAGAAGGGAAGGCUUCUGUUUAUGCUUAAGAUUAUUAUGGGAAAAAUGAAUUGUGUGAAGUAGGAAUGGAGGAGGGGAGACUUUGAAUGGUUGGGGUUUUAUUUAAAUUUACUUCUCAUCCAUCUUCCCAACUUUUAAAGGAUUGUCUAUGAGCAGUUUGAUUUUCUGGUUUUUUAAAAAAUUUUAUUUAAAUGGUUAAUUGGUAUUAAGGUGACAGUACAGCACAGUGAUCAUUAGAGAAGUCUCUUUUGUUGCUGAAACAUUGUAGACUCUAGGCACUGUUGUAAUGCUCCUUCUUGCAGCCCAGGUCCUGUCUGGUGAGUGGAGAGGGUGGGAUCAGCACUUGCCUACAGUAUAUUGAAGCCAGUAGAGGUCAGAGAGGGGAGUAGAACAAGGUAAGCUGCCUGCAGUUGCUCUCAGGCUCAAAACACAAUACGAAAUGAAAUGAUGGGGAGAGGAAAAGACAAUAAUUUGAGAUCACACUCUGACUCUCACUUGAGCCAUUUUCUUUCCUAAAUUGGCUUUUGUUAUUCUUUUCCGUUAGCAGAUUUAUUUAUAGACACCACAGAAAGAUUUCAGUGAUAAGAACUAUACAACAUGUCUUUGGAAUGAAAUGUUAAAUUUUUGAAUUUGAAUAGUGCAGUUUUGAAAUUACUUUGAAAAAGAGAAGUUAAAAAAUUUAACUUUUUAACUAAAGUUAAUAUUCGUUCUUCAGAACUGACCAUUAUAGUCAUUCUGAAUAUACAGUAUGAUUUUUUAUGCAUAACUUGAAUUUAAUAUUUUUAAACAGAAUAUUUUGAUUAAUCCUCUAUUUUUCAUGACUAUUCACUUGUGCAUUUACUUUACAUGUUCUGUUUUGUAACUGAAACAUAUAUUCUACUUUCAGUGAGCAGUAUGCCUUCAGCAUUUUCAACAAUAAGCAGGAUACUUUUUACUUAGAUGCUUAGCAUUGUUCUUGCAUUGCCUUGAAAAACAUAAACAUAGUCAAAACAUUAUUUUUUACAAAAUAAAGAAAAACUUUUCCAUAAAAAGAAACAUUUUUCUGUGAAUGUUCUUAAGUCUUGAAUCUCUUUAGCAGUUUGAAGUUUGUUAGUUAGAAUAGGUUUUCUAUUUCUGCCUACAAAAUUGCUUUCUUGUCCAGAUAAUGAAUGAAAUAAUUAAAACAAUUUUGGAUAACUAUCCAUCUACUAGUACUUUUUAAAAUACAUGGUUUAUUUGGAUAGAAAAGUAAUUGAAGAUACAUAAUAUUCUUCUGUGGAAUAUAUAAAAUAUUUAGGUGCCUUAAAAAUGCUAUUAUACAGAAUCCAGGUGUUCUGAAAAUUAAAGACCAUAGUGAAUUUUUGAAACUA